CUAGGGGGAGCCCCGAGCGGAGCGGCUCCAUUGCUUUCCGAAGAGCUGGCGGGGAGGGCGAAGCAUGAGCGCCAAAGAGCCGCUGCUGGGGACCCUCAAAGCGUGCAUCCUCAACCUUCAGGGAUGCAGCAGUCCACACACAGAUACCUCCCCACACCUUCAGUCCUUUUGUGAGACCCUUGAGAUGGUCCUUCGGAAAGGGAUGAAACAACCAGUUCUAGGAUUCAAGAAAAAGGACUAUUGGCACUGGCUGGAACAGCUUCCAAACCAGGGGACCCAUCACAGUAUGCCACAUCUAUCAGUGAUCAUUGAGAAGACUAAUUCUUGUGAGAAGCUGCUGACGGCACAAGGAAGAGGGCGGUACUUUCUGCGCCAUGCUUUGAAUAGGAAGUUACUGGCUGUUGCUCUUCAGCAGCUUGUCAAAGCUCCCAGGCUAUUUGAGUGGUAUGAUCCAUUGACCUCUAUCCUGGGUAAUGAAGAAUUUUCUGAGCCUUUCCUCUCCCUGAUGCUUGUGGUGACAGAAAUGAAUUUCUCCCUAGAUUUGCAGAAUUCAAGUUUCUUGGACGAAAGCUGGCAACUUCCGGUUUGCCUGAUGUACGAAACUGUCCCCUGCAGAGAACUUGGAAUGGUGCUCAGAUACUUGGAUGGACGGAUUUUCAUCACGGAUGUGCUCCCACAGAGCCAGGCAGAGGUGGAUGAGGUUGUGCUAGUUGGAGACGUCAUUGAUGAGAUCAAUGGGAUUUCACUGAGGAAUGCAUACAGUGGGCAGGCGGGGACAGUGCUACAGAAAUUGAAAGGCAAACCACUAAGCUUCUGCCUCAUCCGGUGGAAAUGGCACGAUGGAAGAACGUACAAGCCACUCUUGCCUUACCUGAAAAUUCUCCAGGAGAAAAUCCCCAGCUUCCAGCUCCAGCAUGAGCAUAUACACAAGGAAGAGAAAGAGACCCGGAGCGUACAGGGGGGCAGGCUUCUGUACAACCUGCGGUACCUAGGCCAGGUCAAUGUAGGAAAGUUUGGAAGCAAAGAGGUGUUAGACGGUGGCAUUCGUAAGGUUUUAAAGGAAUGUGUACCACCACAGGUGAGUUACUGAUUAUGAAUACAUUGAAUACAAUGGUUAAAAUGUUCUGUGGAAAGACGGUGCUCUAUUGUUAUUAUU